UUCAGCUGCUGCGCCCAGACCUUCAUUUCUCAACAUCCUCUCUCCUUUUCUCUCUCUCUGUUAAUUACUCUCUGCGCCGACAGCCUCACCACUUUGUCACAAAACUCUCUCUCUCUCUCUCUCUCUCUCUCUCCGAAGACUCCAUCUUCCAGAUCUCUCUCGCUUUCUCUCUGUUUUUCUCUCCGUUAAUGAACGAGACUACCUCUUCUCUUCUCGGGUUGCCGUCUCGCCAAGCUUCGACGAAAAACAACUACCACGUUGUUACUCUGCCGGUCUUAAACCUCUGUUCCGUCAAGUUUCGACGACAACCAACCGCAAACGUCCAGAAAAUUCAACACACACGACGAAAACAGCUGCCGUCGCAGUUCACUCUAACCAUUUCUGGGAUCUGCUGAGUGUUUCUUUACAGACUGAUGGGCUGGAUUUAUUGUGAAUAGAGCAUUAAGAGUAUAAAUUUUGUUCUUGUCCAUGAUGGUGAUUUCCAAUUCUCUGUGUCCUCAAUAUCUGAGAGUUUCCUCUGGAGGUCGUCUUUGCAUUCCUAGUAAUAGGUACAGUUGGGGCAACCGUAAGAAGCAGACCCUUCGUCUUGUUUGUGCUUCUGCUGAUAAACCACCGGUGAAAGACCUUUGUGUUGAAUCCAAGGUUCAAACUUUGUUAGACAGUGUAAAAUGGGAUGAAAAAGGUUUGGCAGUGGCAAUUGCUCAACAUGUUGAUACUGGAGCCAUACUAAUGCAAGGCUUUGCAAAUCAAGAUGCAGUCCUUACGACCAUUUCCUCUCGGAAGGCAACAUUUUUUAGCAGGUCACGGUCAACGUUAUGGACGAAGGGAGAGAGCUCAAAGAAUUUUAUCAAUAUUCAUGAUAUAUUUCUUGACUGUGAUCGUGACUCUAUAAUAUACCUUGGGAAGCCUGAUGGACCUACCUGUCAUACAGGUUCAGAAACUUGUUAUUACACAUCAGUUUCUGACUUACAAGAACAGGUUGAAGGAAGUAAAUUGGCAUUAACCACUCUGUACUCAUUAGAGUCAACAAUCUCCCAACGCAAAGUAGAACUAGCGGCAGCACAAAGCGGAAAACCCUCAUGGACAAGACGGUUAUUACUUGAUAACCACCUUCUAUGCUCAAAAAUCAGGGAGGAGGCAAAUGAGUUGUGUCAAACGCUGGAGGAGAACGAGGAUAAGUCACGAACUGCCUCAGAGAUGGCAGAUGUCCUCUAUCAUGCCAUGGUUCUCCUGGCAGUUAAAGAUGUGAAGAUAGAAGAUGUUAUGCAAGUUCUCCGGCAGAGAUUUUCUCAGUCAGGUAUCGAGGAAAAGAGCAGUCGGAGAUCAGAAGGCUAGUCAUGAGCUAUUUAGGCUGCCCAGUCCUUGGGUUUAAUAAUCGAGUGCCCCCAGGACUUAGCGUUAUCCCAGGCUCUUGCAUCCUCACCUCAAGUUGCUGUAGUCUGGGAACUCUGGUUGGCUCUGGGUGAAUUUGGCUUAAACCUUUCUGGUAAAGACAAAUUUGUAACCCGUAGGGGUUGGCUCAAGUGGUAAAGCCCUUAGGCUUGGGGUGUGCUCUCCUUAGAUCUAAGGUUCAAAUUUUAUUGGGUGCAAACAAUCUCUUGGGGCCAUCGGAUUAGGGUAUUUACCUCUUGAAUUACCUGAUAUGCACUUGCGGAAAACUCUUUGUCAAGGACUUGUGCACUCUCGGGAUUGGCGGGGACACUAUUCCUGGACACCCAGUGCUAUGCAGUCGGCUGAUGUGGACUGUUGAUGUGGCAAUUGCUAUUAAUUUAAAAAAAAAAAAAACAAAAAACAUUGUAGUGCAUUUUGGAUUCUAUUCUUGCUUCUCAUCGCCACUUCUCAUCUUUUCUUUCUCUGGACUGGAAUUUGAUUUAUGCUUCUCAUCUUUGGCUAGAAAAUUUCUUCAGCGAUUUGUGUUGGCAAUUGUAUUUGGUCUGGUUUUCUUCGGUGAUUUGUGCUUCUCAUCUUCGGCCAGCUACAGUAUUUGGCGAUUUUUGCUUCUCA